AUGGCAUUUAAGGCUAACAGACAGCUCUACUCUACUUUUACUCAGGCAAGAAGAACUUCUGCCAGGGGUGUGACUUGUGAUGAGGAGAUUCGUAUUGUCCUGAUAGGAAAAACUGGGAAUGGGAAGAGUGCAUCAGGAAACACCCUCCUCAACCGGCAUGUAUUCCUUUCAGUCUUCUCUCCAGGUUCAGUGACAACAGAGUGUGAAAAGGUCAGAGGGACAGUCCAUGGGCGGAGGAUCGCUGUCAUUGACACACCAGGAAUUUUUGACACCAAAUAUAAAGAAUAUGAAGUAGUGCAUAAGCUGAAGACUUGUAUCGCCAUGUCUGCUCCUGGACCCCAUGUCUUCCUCAUUGUAAUAAAGCUGGAGCGAUUCACCCAAGAGGGGCAGAAGUCUGUGGAGCUCAUCCAGCAGGUGUUUGGGGCCAGAGCCGUAGACUACGCCCUGAUUCUCUUCACUUAUGGAGAUCAACUGGGAAACAUGACAAUCGAGUCCUUCACCCGUCAAUGCCCAAAGCUCACCAGUUUAAUUAAAAAAUGCAAUGGUCAGUAUCAUGUCUUCAACAAUAAAGACUGGAGCUGCAGCCAGGUGCAACAGCUUUUAGAGAAAAUAGAAAGAAUGGUUGCAUACAAUGGGGGAAGCUACUACACAAACAAAAUGUUUCAGGAGGCUGAAAGGGCCGUCCAAGAGUCAAUGGAGAAGAUAUUGCAAGCCAGUGCUGAAAGAAAAAAACAGGAUGAAGAACUGCUUAAGGCCAAAUUGAAAGGACAGGAGCUGCAGAUCAAGUUAGAAGAGCUAGAAGAUAAAUAUAAAAUGCAGGCGAGAGAAAAAGCUGAGCAAAAGAACAAAUAUAUCUUUCCUGGUUUAGUCCUGGCUGCUGCUGAAGUGGGUGUGACGGUUGGCGCAGGUGCUGGUAUUGCCUGUGGUCCACUGGGUAUAGGUGUGGGUGCGGUGGUGGGGGGUAUAGUCGGAGCUACAAUAGGAUUGAUGGCACCAGCAGCAGUAGUAGCCAUCAGAAACCACUGCGUUACACAGUAA